AUGGGGGCAGUUGCCCCACCCGCUGUGACGGAGGAGGGAAAGUCCGCCCCCGCGGCCAUGACGGGGAUAGCGGCGGCGGCGGAGGCGGGGGUACCUACCCCAGCGGCUGCGACGAAGGCGGCGAUGGAGGCGGAGGUGGGGGUGCCUGCCCCAGCAGUCCCGACAGAGGCGGGGACGCCUGCCUCAGCGGUCGCGAUGAAGGCUGCUGCGGCGGUAGGAACGGGAACGCCCGCUCUGGCAGCCGCGAUGGAGACGGGGACGCCUGCCCCAGCGGCCGCGACGAAGGCCGUGGCGGCGGCGGGAACGGGAACGCCUACUCCGGCAGCCGCGACGGAGACGGUGGCGGUGGCGGAUGGAGCGGAACGCGCGUCGGCGUCGACGAUGGCCACGACGACUUCAUCAGAGACGGCGGCGCAUGUGCCGGGGCCGUCAAUGAGGCCGGCGGAAUCAGGGGCGGUGGCGCCUGUCCCUGCGGUGGCGUCGGGGACAGCGGUGCCGGGAUCGGCCGGAGCGGCCACCACCCUUGUCCCGGUUAAUCCCGUCCCCAAGGCAUGGGGUGGACCUACCCUGCGCUGGAUGUCCCGUGAGGACCCGCCGAGGCCCCUUUUCAUGCUGGACGACGCUGAGGAGUGGGGAAAGUGGCAGGCGGUGCAAGGCAGGCUUGCAAAUGUCCACGCUGCCCUGUCCUCCGUGAUGGGGGAACUGGACGGCGUCGUUGUCCCCGAUGGCCAGGCCCUCCAGGAAUGCAGCCAGGGGAGGUCCGAUUUCCUCCGGCUUGAGUGGGGGCUCUGGGAACGCUUCUCCGUGGAGAGGCGGUGGACCGGGAAGCUGACCGCGUAG